AGCUACAAUCCGUAAAACUCCACCUUCCUCACGUUAUGUUGGUGACACCAGCACAAAGAGCUCCUGCAUCCUCCUCACAUCCACAGGCUGCAGCCAACACUGGAGGCAUCACAUCCUCCUGCAUUACUAGGAGCUGAGAGCCAAAGCUACAGACGUCAGCAGUCUUCAUUCUCCUACACUAAGGAGGGGUGGGCUAUUGGGACCACUGGGGAGGGCAAAGAGCAGGCACUGAGCCCACUGAGAAGAUACAAACCAAAGAACAGGAGGAAUAGGAUACAGGAGAGUCUAUUCAAUGCAGACACAAAAAGCGUCACAAUGGACUGCAGGAAGCAAUGAGGCUACUUUGUCGCUGUAGGAGCCUCUAUUGCACUUCAGUAUUGUCGUAUUACAAACAGAUAACAUGUGUCUCAUAGAGAGUCACUGCCUUGUGUCUGCACACAGGAGGUGGACAGAGAUCUGAGGAGUCCUGGGCUUCUCUGGGGUCUACCUACUCUGCUAUAAAGGAUACCGAUCUGCAGCUUAUUUCCAGUAUUCGAAGACCGAGAUACAUCUUCCUAUCCAGCUGGAUUAAGGAGACUAUGGGCUGUGGAGGAAGUAGAGCUGAUGCCAUUGAACCUAGGUAUUAUGAGAGCUGGACAAGGGAGACUGAAUCCACCUGGCUGACCAGCACAGAUACUGAGAUCCCACCAGCAGCAGCACUGGGACAUUCAUGCCAGGAUGACCAUAGUUCAACAGAGACCGGUGUGAGGGACAAGAGAGGAUCGAUUCACCAUGGUAUUAUGGAAGAUGGGAAGUCAACGCAGACGUGUGUUACAGUGUCAUCCUCUGGCAAAGAAAGUCUCAAGAAAACCAAUUCAGGGACUCAAUGUGGGAAGCCAACAGUCUACUCCUCAGGAACGAAGACACAAAAGCAGAAGAGUGUGUGCAGGAGUACAGAGGGCAAAAGAGACAGUAAACGGAUGGCCAAAAAAGAAGUCACAAUCAACUUAUCCAAGACCAUGUCCAGACCGAUGGACAGCGAUGGACGGAUUGCUGAGAACUGUGUUAACUAGUCUGGAACAGGACGAUGCUCACAGGGACAUGAUAGAAACAAUUUGCACAUUAAGGAGCUGAAUGCUGCAGGGAGAAUAGGAUCUUCUAAGCAUUGGUCGUCUUAUUGUUCUCUUAGAGAGGUUCACUAUUCUGCAAGCAGAUAUAUGAAGUGACAGAGGUACGGAGAGGGUAAAAUAGGGGUGCAAACGUUUGCUGCUGAGUGCCUUCAGAAAAACAUCUGAGCAUCAGGUUGACAGGAACAUGGAAAUAAUCUUGUGGACAAUUUAGCUUAUAGAUUUCUGGAAGGUGAAGUGCAUUGGAUUAUUGUUAUCAUAUCAGAACAUUCUUUACAGUUGUAAUGCAUAAUGCAUCUAAUACAUAGAAUGAGGCUCCUCUACAAGGUCAGUGUGUGACUCCUUAAGAACAUACAAAACCUUUCGUAGAGUCUUUUCAGUCUUAUAGAAUGUCCCUCUUACGUAUAGUAACAUAAAACUGAGGCCUGUGUUUUGUGAUUAUACUACUACUCCUAUUGGUAGAUGUGUGCUUUCCAAUGGCUUGGACACUCACUGCAUGCCAAUUUUUCUGCAUACAGGUUCAUGGUAACAUCAUAUAUCUCUGCCGGUGACUGUAAGCCUUUACGGUGUGACCUGAUUUUAUGCAUUUUGUGUAUUUGCUUUCAUAAAGUUCAACCAUCAUGAAACAACCGGACUAUAGACAGGUACAUGUAUUAAUAUUCGUAAAGUAGCAGGAACUGUAUGGCUUCUAUACAUCCUGCAAAGAGUAUUGUACAUACGAAGGACAACGCUGUUUGCAGGGAACUUGUAUGAUGGCCCUACAGGAUCACACGGAGUCCCCAUGGGUCCCGAUGCCAAAGCAAAAAUCCAUACAGGUCCAUAUUAUGGACCAGUAAGCACUCCAUGUUUUGGCAUCUGAAGUACCAUAUGCUUUUGUACAUGAAGCCGUUGUAGGGAAGAAUACCUCCAUAUUAGGGGAAAUAGCUGAUAACUUAAACCGGAAUAUCGGUAUAAGUUAUCGGCUAUCGGCCUGAAAGGUCACAGAUUAUCUGUAUCGUUAUCGGUCCUAAAAAAACGAUAUUGGUCGAUCCCUAAUAGGUGGUUAUGGUCUGGCAAUGCAUGUGCCCCAGUUGCAGGGUGCAAAAUACAAGAAUGAAAUACAGGGCUAGGGCCCCAGACGAAAUUUUUCCCAAAGGUAAAGUAACACCUGGCAAUGUCACUGGCCUAUGGGAGCCGUUUUACAGAUCCAUACAACAUUAAUCCAUAAUUUAUCUGUGAACAAGUGGUCUUAGGUUUAUCCUGUCUAAAACUCUCUGAACUUAGAUCAGUAUUUUUCCAGGAUGUACACAGACAAGACUUUGCCCAUGUUGCACCAGCAUUAAAAAAAAAAUUAAAAAAAAGAAUCUGGUAAGGAAAACAAACUAGGUAACAAAAUACACCCCCUAUGUGUAACACUGUUAAUAACACUCUACAUACAACUUUUAGACAGGACCCCUACUUAAAAAUGUUUAGUCCGAUACAUUCAAAAAAUCCCACAUUGUGUCAUUCCUUUUACUGCUGGUUUUUAAUGCCCAUAUAAUACCCGGUCCAGCCAAGGGGUUACCCAGGAAAAAACUUAUAUAUAUAUAUAUCAACUGGCUCCAGAAAGUUA